GCAUUCAGUUGGCUUGCAAAUUCUCGGCAAAACAUUUCGUGCAUCCAUACAGGAAUUUUGCCUUCUUAUCUUUUUUAUGGUCAUUGCAUUGGUACUUUUCUCCAGUGGCGUUUAUUUUGCUGAGCAAAAUGAGCCAAAUACAAAAUUUACCUCAAUUCCUGCUUCUUUUUGGUUUGUUCUGGUUACAAUGACUACAGUCGGGUAUGGAGAUUUAACACCUACUGGAGUUUACGGUAAGAUGGUGGGUGGCUUGUGCGCACUAAUUGGUGUACUGACACUUGCCCUACCUGUACCUAUUAUUGUAGCAAAUUUCAAACAUUUCUAUCGACAAGAAACACGAUUGGCACAAAUGCGCGCAACAGUUGAAGAUGAAACAAAUUCAGAGGAGUCAUCAUCCAGGUCACCAUGA